CAACCAGAUGAAGUGGAUCCCCACAUCUAUAAACUGAAGUUCUUGCCUCCUGUUCUUGAUUUUGGGAGCCAGUUGGUUGGAGUUCCUCGAGUCCUGGAAGUUAUGGUCAUAAAUGAAGAGGUGGAUUCCAUUGUGGAUUUGGAAUCUAUUUCCAGCUCCACCAUCCAUUUCCACUACUCUUUCUUUCUUGACAAGGUUGAUGCAGCUUGCACAAAAGUAGAACCAGAAAUUGUGAUGGGGCGGUCAACUGACCGGGAGCUGGAAGGAGGGAAAAAUACUUCGUUCAAAGUGGUCUUCAUGGCCCAGGAAGAAGGCCCUGUUAAAAGCCAUCUUCACAUUCACACUUCCUUUGGCACUUACAAGUAUCAUGUGAUGGGCAGAGGAGUGGGAAGCCUUGAGCAUGUGAAGAAGAUUUCCUUCAACUAUAGCUUCCCACCGGUAACAAACAUGUACAUAGGGGAUUUCCAACUGGAGUUGGAUGAUGAAGAAGGUGAAUUGGAUUUAGGUCUCCAAGAUGGGAGCAUUUUCGAGGUUCCCAUCUUUGAAAACAGUCCUGUUAAAAGAGCUAUGUUCCUGGUCACAGAGGAGAAUCAGUCUAUCACUUUCGUCAGAGUCAAGAUCAAUGGGAGUCAUAUGGAGGGGAGUGAGCAAAUGCUGGCUGAUGUGGAAGUCCUAACAGAACCUGGAAUGUAUUCUGCUGCCCAAGUUCUCCACCUGGGACUUGUGCGCUCUGAUGACUCACCCAAAGUCCUCUCAAUUGGGAUCAUCAACUCUGCUCAAAAACCCAUCACCAUCCAGAAUGUGUUUGUGACUCCUGUGGCAGAGGGCAUAAAGGUUGACUUUGAGCCUGUACGAUUUCCUCCUGAUCCCAAUCGUGCACAUCAAGUGGCCAACAUCACUUUUGACCCAAAGAGAAUUGGGAAAGAUGAUGGUGUGCAAGAGGGGAAGAUUGUGUUAAAAGCAAAAAACAACCAGUUGAAGGUGGUGCUCCCAUAUCAGAUGGAAGUGCUUCAUGGGGAGCUUGGGGUGAAUGCCAGCCUCCUCCAGUUCCACACCAGGGGAGGUGACAAUGACCUCACACCCCGGAAGAUCUCUGUACGCAAUGGCUUUCGAGUCCCAAUUAUGGUCAUCGAUGCCACAUUGGCCACCGAUCUCCUCUGCCUUUUUUCGAAGCAAUAUAAGAUUGGAGAGGCCGUCAUUCAAAUGGCCAUGAUGAAACAUCGAAGUCAUGAGGAAAACUAUGCUGUGAUUGGCCGGAUCGCACCCUAUAAGAGCUGCUGGGCAGAGAAUCGUAUAAUGCUUUCAGACAUUCUUCGCAAGCAGUCGCUAGAUGGUGUUAGGGCAAAAAUUUUGGAACCUGGUGGAGAAUCUGAGAUGUUCGAGCUGAGCCUCAUCGACAAGAAAGCUGACAUUCAGCUUCAGUCCCAUAUCUCUCUGUGGACCAAUGCCUCCGAGUUCCGCAUCCCCAUCGUCUGCUAUAAUGGGCGCAUCCGCGUUCUUCUCCCAUCUAUCCGUCAGUCCGUGGGCCUGGACUUCGGAACGAAGGGUCUCAAUGAGCUCUGGGAUCUUCUCUUUGCCGUCCAGAAUGAGAACCCCGUCCCGAUCCGAAUACGUGGAUGGGGGAGCAACAUGACUCGGAGCUUUGUCGAACUCCUUGGUACAGAUUCUGGUGAUGUCACACCGUAUUUUGGCAAGAAGGAUCUCUCCCGUCUGCCCCGAUCAGUUAUGCAAGACCCUAUACGACCCUCGUAUGUCAAGCCUACUGUCUUCCGGUGGUUCAGCAGCUUCAGAGAAGCAGCUGAAAAAGAUGAGGAGUCUUCCUUUCUUUACCAGCCCCACAGUAGCCGUCCAAGGUCCACCCAGACACCAGAGCUUGUCGAGACGGUGCGAGAGCUGCUGAUCAUCGCCCCUGGGUACUUCGUUCUUUUUCGACUUGGGGUGCGCACGCCGACGGAGGAGGGGAUGCAUUACGGAAAGGUGUUUGUUCACACCGUCUACGAAGAGAUGGAUGUCCCGUUUCGCCUCCGUACCGCCCUUGGCACCCUCUCCUUCAUCCCUACAAGCCUGGACUUUCCAGAUGCCUUCCCUGGCAAGAUCUCUAGGACGGAGGUACACGUGUAUUCCUCGUUCCAUCAUCCGCUGAGACUAGCUCGGGUGAGCCCCAUCCCAGCAGAUCCCCGUCUCUCGUUCCAUGCGGCGUCUCCGCUUGGAGACAACGGGAAUCCACCCCCUAUCGUCCUUUACCCGGAAUCCGUGACCCACAUCGGCACGCUCGUCCUCGAUCUCGUUUGGAAGAACUGGAGACCGAGUUGCAUCUUGAAGAUUCAGACAGCCCAAGAUGAUCUGCAGCUUCUCAAGGAUUUAAACGAUAUCUAUAGUAUGCAGAAAAGAAAUUGUUCUUGCAAUGUUUCCCUCCAGCUCGAUACCAACGAGGUGAAAGGUUUUCAGUUUUGGGCAAAAGUGGAGCUGAAGAGGCCUCGUUUGGGACCGCUUUCGAUAUCCCUCCCGUUGACGCAAGUGGGUAAUGUGAGCGUGGCCACCGCAAAGAUCUCCAACCCUUCCCAUCAUCCCGUUCUGGUUCAAGCUGCUACUCUCCCCUUCUAUCCGCCCUCGGUGGAACUGCGAGAUCUGCGAGCAGCACGAAGCAUCCGUCGCGAUCAAUCGAACAGAUUCGGAGAAACAGUGGACAUGGAAGAAGGAAGUUUCAGUCUCGUCGAGGCGGAAAGGGGUGAUGAAUGCUGCAAUCAGAGUCAACUCUUCUCCUUGGAACCGAACGGAUCUGCAUCUUUGAAUAUCAUCUUUUUUCCUUCCAAACCCGGUCGCCAUCUGUCUCUUCUCUUCCUUCGGAACAAUCUGACGGGCCUGGACCUGAUAUUGCUGGAAGGUGAAGGGAGCAAGGGAGAAUUGAAGUUUGGCAACCGACGCACGAAUCAUCCAUCCCCAUUCUUAUUCGAUAUCUCAGAUCGACAUCUUAAGGACUGUCACAGUGAGCUCACCCAGAUGAUCUUUCUCUUAGCUAUAGAGCUCGUCGGUAUGGGUUCUCAUGUGUUGGCAGGGAAGAAACCGAGUCCUCACACGUAUCAGGAAUUCACCUUGAAGAGGAGUUUCUCUUUUCGCAACACCGGCGAUAUUCCCGUGCACAUCCAUGGCUGGAGAAUUGGCGGCUAUCCGUGUGAAGGCUAUGGAUUUCGUGUGGUGCAGUGCUCGGGGUUUCAUCUUUCCCCAAACGAGUCGCGAUCGAUCGAGAUCGUGUUCUCGCCGGAUUUCACCCUGUCUCGCGUCCAACAGACCCUGACCAUCCUUUCGAGUCUCGACCCCAACGGAGAAGCGGGACGUCAUCGUUACCAGCUCCUCGCGACGGUGGCGCCGGGCAUGCUUCUCGAGUGUGCGGCCACCAUCCCUCGUCCGCCUUGGGAGACCUUGCUAUAUUACACCAUGGCAGCUGCCCUGGGCUUCUUCUUUUCGUGCACUCUCGUGGCUGGGUAUCUGGAGGCUGAUGGGAUCUUGAGAAACACAUUCGUGAACGUGGCUACGAUCGCUCCAACCCCAAGCGUGGAAUCGUCUCGGAAGAUGGUCCAAGUGUUCGAUCUGAAGGCCAUCGCCAAAGAACGCAUUCCUCGGCUCGAGCCGGAAUCAUCCGCGCGAGAAUCCAAGGCCGGCUCCAACAAGAACUGGACGGCGGGAAGGGAAUGUCGAAGACGAAUCAGAAGGCUCGGAAACGACGACAUGCACGGUAUUGAUUUGGCAAUCCCAACAUCGAUAGAAAAAGAGUUUCUCGUAGCAGCUCCUCCUCUGCCACCGUUGCUUCCCCCCGAUGAGGAGGGAUCCGAAGCGAGUCGAGAAGAGGAAGCGAAGAAAACAGAAGAUAAGAGUGACAAGAGUAAAGAGUUAGAGAGAACGAAGACCGGUGGAAGAAGCCGAAAAAAGAAGAAAAAGAAGGAUUGCGAGAGUCUUUCGACAUUGACAACUGAGAGUUCCGCCAUGGAGGACGACAGUGACAGCAGCCGUAAGCGGGAAAGGAUCAUUCGGGAGCAGCUGGAAGAAGAAGCACUGAAAAGAAGGAAGGAGGAGAAACGCAGGACGGUUGGGGAACUCUCCCUCAAAGGGGGACACAGGCUGUGUCGCGCCGGGAAGCAGAAAGCCAGGAGACGAGACGACGAGGAAUCGUGGGACACACCUUCUCCUGCCAAGUCCCCGUCCCCGUCUCCGCGUUCGUCCCCUCGUCCGUCCUUCGACUUCCCGGGGACGGAGGAGCGGGUCCGUCCCGCGCUCCUCGUCCCUUCCGUGAACGGUAUCCCAACCCAUCUGAUGAAUUUGGAGCAUGGCGAGAGCGUCGGGAGAGGUGUGGACAGGAGGCGGAAGACGAGAACGUGCGAACUCGCUCCGGGCGCGCCCCGGCCUCCCCGGAGCGGCCCGGGUCCGACCUCUUGGGAUGCACCCUGUCUCUUGCCACCCGAGAUGGAAAACCUGGAGGAAUCGGCAGCCCAGACAGAAGGUUUCGUCCGAUCCGUGUCCCAACCGAUCUCUCUGCUGCCCUCGCCUCUCGUCGUCGCGUUCGAAAGGGGUAAAGCCAAGGGAGCGAAAGAUGUGGAUGGAAAGAGGGGAGAUCUAGGAGCUAUAGGAGGAGAGCGAAAGACUGCAUCUCCUACUUCGACCACGGUCAUGAGCCCGGACGCUUGGAUCGAGUCCAUCAGCACGCAAUACGCCGACAGCUUCUUCUCCUCCUCGCCACCUCUCUUCCCUCGGGUCCGAUUCUUCCCCGUCUUCCUUUUUGCAUUUCUG